UACAUACAUAUACAUACAUACAUACAUACAAAGUCCGGAGAAAUAGAUAAAAUUAAAUUAUUCUAAACGACACUUCAAAACCCGGUCGAGUGUCCCUUCUCAACUUUCUCCCUCCACCGACGCACUAACGGUUCGCCGCCGUCGUCGUCCCGUGGCGGCGCCGCUUAACAAACGGCGAAAUCCUAACUUUCUGUCGUGGAAUUUUUGCAUUAUACAGGGAUUGACAAUGAUUGGAUCUUUAAUCACUAGAGGACUCGUGCUUGCAUUUGGCUACGCUUAUCCUGCGUACGAAUGCUAUAAAACUGUGGAAAAGAAUAAGCCUGAUAUUGACCAACUUCGCUUUUGGUGCCAAUAUUGGAUCUUGGUGGCCGGGUUGACAGUUUGCGAAAGAAUUGGUGAUACAUUCAUUGGAUGGGUUCCAAUGUACGGUGAAGCUAAGCUGGCCUUCUUUAUAUACUUGUGGUUUCCUAAAACUAAGGGGACAACAUACGUGUACGACUCGUUCUUUAAACCCUAUGUUGCAAAGCACGAGACAGAUAUUGAUCGAAACUUAUUAGAGCUGAGGCUAAGAGCUGGAGAUAUGGUAAUCUUGUACUGGCAGAAGGCUGCGAGCUACGGUCAGACUAGAGUAUUCGACAUUUUGCAGUACAUUGCUUCACAAUCAAGUCCUCCUCGACCAACUCAGCCACAGCAGCAAGGAACUGGAGUCCAGAAACCAACCACGGUGCCACCAAACCGCACACCAGCUGCUACUGCAACUCAGACGCAGAUUGGAGAACCAUCUUCUCAUGCUUCCGAUGCAUCUUCAAGCAACCAGCAAGAGAAAACGGCAGAAGAAGAAGCGGGCCCUACAGUAGAUUCAAAGGCUACUCUGAACGAACAAAAAUCGACGCCAGCACAAUCCAUUAUCGAGUCCAAGAAAUCUUCGACUUCCAGUGAAGUCCAAGAAAUGCAAAUUGAUUCAGUGCCAAAUGGAAACACAGAGGCUCCUCCUCAGCAAGACAUAUUCUUGGAAGAAGCUGUGAGGGUGACUCGGGCGAGGUCUAGAAGAACACGUGGCGGCGGCGGCGGUGGUGGUGGUGCACCAUCAAAUCGCUGAAUUAAAAAAGAACGGUGGUGUAAAAUAGGGUGAUAGCUAAGUAGAUAUGUUGUGGAUUAUUUUGAUGCUAAUGUACAUUCCAUCGUUUUCAGACUCUUCUAUAGUUUCUUGAUUCAUUACUUCACAAACGAUAAAUUCAUUUUUUAGAUCUAUAAUUUCUUUUAGGAAAA